CUCUGUAUUCUUUGGCCGUUGAGAGAAAAGCUCUCUCCCAUCUCCCAGCUCUCAUGCACAACACAUUCAGCGAGAGAGAGAGAGAGAGAGAGUGUUGAAUUGUUGUUGCUCUUGACGCCCUCUUCUGUACCUCUUGUCCUUAUUAUCAUCAGCCUCUGGCUCAAGAAUUCUGGAGCAUGAUGAGGUGAUGCGUCGGCAGUUUUUCGGAAGGAAUUUGGUUGAAUCAUGUGCUGUUGUGAAUGCAAAGUGGUGAAGGCCCCCGACACCAUCUCGAGUCUUUCUGCAGUUUUCUGAGCUGAUUCAUCCAUACUUACAAAGCCCUAGAUUACAAUACGAAGAUGAUGCUCUCAACAAAGUCAGAGUCUGACAUAACAAGUUUAGCGCCGUCCUCGCCUUCGAGGUCGCCGAAACGUCCUGUGUACUAUGUCCAAAGCCCUUCGAGGGACUCUCAUGAUGGGGACAAGUCCUCAUCAAUGCACGCCACUCCGAUGUCACAUAGCCCCAUGGAAUCCCCCUCACACCCCUCGUUCGGGCGGCACUCGAGGAAUUCUUCGUACAGUCGUUUCUCGGGGAUUUUCAGGUCCUCUUCAGGGAGGAAGGGAGGCAGGAAGAGGAACGAUAAGGGUUGGCCUGAGUGUAAUGUGAUUUUGGAAGAGGGGUCUUAUGAUGAGUUAGAGGACAAGGCAUUUAUGAGGCGUUUCCAGGCCUUAAUUGCUCUGUUCAGCUUCGUGCUUCUGUUCACCGUGUUCUGUCUGAUCAUCUGGGGCGCGAGUCGGCCUUACAAAGCAGAGAUCACUGUCAAGAGCUUGGCGGUGAGUAACUUCUAUGUUGGGGAGGGUUCAGAUUUCUCUGGGGUUGCGACCAAGAUGCUGACCUUCAAUGGAUCUCUGAGGAUGAGUGUCUACAAUCCGGCGCCGUUAUUUGGCAUCCAUGUGAGCUCUACACCUAUCAAUCUCGAGUACUUGGAUCUCACCGUUGCCACUGGACAGCUGAAGAAGUAUUAUCAACCUAGAAAGAGUCGUCGGUCUGUACUGGUGUACUUGGAAGGCACCAAGGUCCCUCUGUAUGGGGCUGGAUCGAGCAUAACGAUUUCGCCAAAUGGAGCUGAGGUGGUCCCGUUCACACUACAGUUUGAGAUCCAUUCGCGAGGUGAUGUGGUCGGGAAGCUUGUGAGGACGAGGCACCGAAAGCGAAUCACUUGUCCGGUCACCAUCGACUCCACCAGUACCAAGCCCAUGACAUUCAAGAAAGAUUCCUGCACAUACAGUUGAUGCCUGUUGCCUCUACGAAUCUAUAAGAAUGCCACAACAUUCCGGGCCGCAUAUCUCGCCUCGCAAGUUGCGGUUGCCGAGUGUCGAAUGGCUUACGUUUAUAAGAGAACGUUUUCAUGUUAAGAAUUGCUGUCGUAUUUUUCCUUGUAAGGUGCUUGACAUCGCAAACUGGCAAUGGCAUGAGAGAUCGUUGAGAUGUGCAGAUCUGUGUCGACCUUGUCCUCCUUUCUAUGGAAGUAAUGAAACUCUUCCGGGCAUA